CCGGGCCUUGCCCAGCUGAUCAUCUUCAUUCAUGCAGCGCAUCUCUCUCGCAGAACAGAUCGCUCAGCUUGAGGACGCUGCACCUGUAGAUUUCGACCCAGAAAACGAGGUCACAGCCCACGAUCAGGAAGAUAAUGAUCUUGCGGAUGACACCAUCGGUGCACGCGACCACUACAUUGACGUCGGGCCCUCUGCGUUACGCAAACUGCAAGACAGCAUAGCUGAUCUAAAAUAUGAUGGUAUAAAGACAUCUCGAAAGCAAUUGUUAGAAUAUGACGGCAGCGACUAUAGCAGUGAGGGGGACGACAACGAGACUGGCAGCGAACUGGAGCGCGACGAAGACAACGAAGAAUUAGACAACGAAGUCCCAUCUUCUCAAAGCGAACCGGAGAACGAACCAGAUACUCCAACGUUGAUUUCUACAACAUUUGCAGCCAAAAGUACGACUUCAUAUGAGGAUCCAAAGCACAUCGAGAAUCUUUCUUCGAGAUUGCGCAAAACGCGUGACGAGGACCGCAAAAAAGGGAAGGCCGUUUCGAAGCAAAUUGCGUUGUGGGACUCGCUACUUGACGCACGUAUCCGUCUGCAGAGGGCCGUUUCUGCAGGAAAUCGGCUCCCAUCGCUUGCAGAUUACGACGAUGUUCAGCCAUCAUUAGUAAAAAUGCUGGCAGAGGCACAGCUUCUGUCUGAUGAAUUGUUUCACCUGCAGGAGGACUUACUAUCUACCAAUGAGGCAAUCGCUCCUCCGCCUCGGAAACGUCAUAAAACUGGUAAUGUAAGAUCUAUAAAAGAUUUUACUUCAGAAUUUCGGGAAGCCACGCAGGCGGCAGCCUCUGUGGAGCAUAUUUUCCAUCCUCAUCUCGUACAAACUUUGAACAAGUGGUCAAGCAAAAUUCAGGCGGUUGCUCCUUCUGUGCUGCUGCCUUCAAAUCGUAAUGCAUUCUCAAAGUCGUCGCAAGGAUUGAAGUCCGCUUCUCAACUUAUUGAUGAAACGCUUGUGGAUCACGAUAAGGUUCUUCAACGGACAAGAAUCUAUCGGGGUAAAGUGUCUCGAAUAGGGGCUGAUAAAGGUGUUGGAGGUGAUGAGCAGGAGGUUCAAGGCGAUCUAGAGGUGUUUGACGAUACAGAUUUUUAUCAUCAACUGCUACGAGAUGUCAUUGAUACCCGCGGCAAGGGAGGCAACGAAGACUGGAUGGAAGUUCAAAAGCAGAAAAAAGCCAAGAAACAUGUCGAUACCAAGGCCAGCAAAGGUCGCAAGUUACGAUACGAGGUGCACGAAAAGAUUCAAAACUUCAUGGUUCCAGUUACAACGCAAGGCAGCUGGCAUGAGGAACAGAUUGACGAGUUGUUUGCUUCUUUGCUCGGAAAAGGAUUCGAGAAUUCUUUACAAGGUGCAGACGAUGGGAUGGAUGAAGAUACCUCGAUGCGAGAGCAAAUUGAUGCUGCCCUGAAGAGCGGCUUCAGAGUCUUUGGGUAGUCCACCAUGUCACACUUUAAGUUAUACCGUAUACGUAUGAGGCACAUCCAAAUAUAGACGCUCGAUGACAGUGAC